AUGGAGGAGGAGCGCACGCCCGCCGCGGGGUCCGGUGGCUUCGUGGUGUGGCUGCACAGGCUGGGCGACUGCGGCCGCGCCAACGAGUUCAUCGCCGACCACUUCUCCGCGGCCGCCUUCAGCGACGCCCGCUGGUCCUUCCCCACCGUCCCCCCCCCGUCACAUGCAACCGUCGGUGCCUGCGCCUUCACGACGCCUCCGGCUUCGGUUCGUGCCACUGCUUGCUCCUCGUUGCUGCUGCUGACCGCGAUUCCGUGUGCUAAAUUCGCAGGUGGCAUGCGCAUGCCUUCGUGGUUCGACAUCCACGACACGCCCAUUACUUCGAAAUCCGUCAGGAAUGAGGAGGAUGUGCUGAGAGCUGUCCAGAUCGUGCACACCAUGAUCGACAGGGAAAUCGCGGCUGGGACAGACCCGGGAGACGUGUUCGUGUUUGGGCUCAGCCAAGGAGGCGCCCUGAGCAUAGCAAGCGUGCUGCUCUACCCUAAGGCUCUGGGCGGCUGCGCAGUCUUCAGUGGCUUCCUCCCCUUCGACUCCUCCUCCUCCUUUGCUGCCAGGUUGACAGACGAAGCAAAGAAGGAAGGGCGAGACGGGGUGAAGUUCCUGCGAGGACUCGGCAUGAGCUGCGAGUUCAAGGAAUACGACAGGCUCGGGCACACACUGGCGCCGUACGAACUGGAGCACUGCGAGGGCAAGCAUGGGCACGGACGACAAGGCCCGGGGGAGAAGGGUGGCCGUCAGGGGACGGCGACGGGGACGAGGAGCAAGAGCAAGUUUUUGUUGUUCUGCGGGAAAUCGAAGCAUCCGGGUUGCCGAGCCCAGCCAGACGGGGACGGGCUGCACCUGCACUCGUCGGAUGGACGCGCAGGCGGGCCACCAUCCGGUCUCAGCGCGAGCGGGCCAUCACGAUCAAGCCCAUCACCAUCAAUCACCACGCGCACACGCGACGCGCGCGGCCGUAAUGGCGCAAUCGUCAUCGCGCAGGCGGCACUUCCCACGCCACACGCCACCAAGGGGAAGGAAAGAGACGAUCCGAUGACGCUGAUCGAUCGCCGGACGAUUCUGAUCUGUUCUCCAACAAAGCGGGCUGAUUCCGGCGGCGGCACUCCCAACUCCCAUCCCCCGAAUCCCCGACCGACUCGCUGGCACCAACGAGCCAGUAAAGUAAACGCCUCGAUGGCAGCGGCGGCGGAGCGCCCCUCGGCCGGCGGCUUCGUGCUGUGGCUGCACGGCUCAGGCGGGUCGGGCGAUGAGAGCCGCGCGCAGGUCGCGCCAUACUUCUCCGCCCCGGACACCGCCUCCUCCGUCCGGCUGUCCUUCCCCACCGCGCCCACGGCUUCCAUCCCCUGCUACGGCGCUCUAGCCAUAGCGAGUGUUCUACUCUACCCAAAAACUUUAGGUGGUUGUGCUGUCUUCAGUGGUUCAGUUCCACUUAAUAAAUCGUUCGCUGAAAAGGUGUCAUCUGACGCUAGAAAGACGCCGGUAUUAUGGUUUCAUGGAAUGGCAGAUGGGUUGGUCCUAUUUGAAGCAGGACAUACUGGGUGUGCAUUUUUAGAGGAGCUUGGUAUGUCCUGUGAAUUCAAGGCUUAUCCUACCCUUGGACAUUCAAUGGUUGAUGAAGAGCUCCAGUACUUUCAGCAAUGGAUCCUGAAUCGUCUAGGGAUGACUGUCUCUGGAGCAACUGAAACCGCAAGGCCAUCAUCGUCGUCUAACCACAAGGAUCCCCAAUAG